AUGGGGCUGUACAAACGCAAGAUCACCGCCGAUGACAAGGCCAUCACGUCGGCUGUUCAUUUGACCCUGCGGCAAUCUCUACUACCCAAUGCACUUGUCACCAUUCUCUUCUUCCUUUGGGGCUUCGGCUAUGGGCUGCUGGAUACCUUGAACUCACACUUUCAGACUACCCUCAACAUCUCGGCGGGCAUGUCCAGUGGUCUUCAGGCAUCGUAUUUUGCUGCCUACUUCGUCUGUCCCUUGACCAUUUCCGGAUGGCUUGUUCGAAAAUAUGGAUUCCGAGUGACUUUUAUGACGGGUCUUGCCAUCCUUGCCGUGGGCUGCUUACUCUUUUGGCCAAGUGGUGUGAAGAAGUCGUUUGGUGGAUUCUGUGGAAGCAUGUUCGUUGUUGGAGCUGGUCUGUCUACGCUGGAGACCGCCGCUGACCCCUUCCUUGCAAUCUGCGGCCCUCCCAAGUAUAGUGAGAUUCGACUGAACAUUGGGCAGGCCAUCCAAGGCGUGGGAACUUUCAUUGCUCCCUUACUGGCCUCUCGAGUCUUUUUUGCGGACACGGUGGACACGGCGGCUGGAUUGAAAAAUGUCCAGUGGACUUACUUGGGUGUUGCCUGCUUCGUUGCACUGCUUGUCAUCCUCUUCUGGCUCGCACCGUUCCCUGAAAUCACCGAUGCCGAUCAGGAGGCCCUAGAAGGACAGAUUGCCGACCAUGCGGCGGAUACGGGCCCAUUCAAGAAGCAAUACAACUUGUUCCUGGGUGUCUGGAGUCAAUUCUGCUAUGUGGGUGCUCAGGUCGCCGUAGCUGGCUACUUCAUCACUUUUUGCGAAGAGGCUGGUCGAGAGGCUUCUGCAAGCUCCGAUCUUCUCGCCGUUGCUCAGGGCUUGUAUGCUUUUAUGCGUUUUGUGUCCAGCGGUCUGAUGAUGAUGAAGGCUUUCAAGCCCCGUUACAUGCUGACGGUAUAUCUCAUUCUUUGCAUCGUGUUCUCUAUCGCAGCCAUCCCGACCCAUGGCACCGCAUCAAUUGCGAUGAUCAUUCUUGUUCUUUGCUUCGAGUCGUGCUGUUUCGCUACCAUCUUUUCCCUGGGUCUUCGUGGUCUAGGUCGCCACACCAAGCUCGGUGGAUCCCUGCUGGUCGCCGCUAUCUCUGGUGGCAUGGUCUUCCCGCCCAUGAUGGGAGCUAUCGUGGACAAGAAGAACGCCCAUACCGCCAUGGUAAUUCCCAUGAUGGGUUAUGUUCUCGCGAUGGUCUUCCCGAUCUACGUCAACAUUUACAAGAAAGACAGCAUGGAUUUGCAUCGUGAUACGGAGAUUAAUGUGACUGUUCAAGUGAGCAAAGAAGUUGAAAUGGAAGAAGGCGUUCACAGCAAGCCUACGAUCUCAAAUGUUGAGACAGUGGGUGAGAGAGAAUGA